AUGGCCAACUUGAUCACGGUUUUCGGCGCCACUGGAAACCAAGGUGGCUCUGUCAUCGAUGCCAUCCUCAGCGAUCCUCAACUCUCGAAGGAAUUCAAGAUUCGCGGCAUUACUCGCGAUACUUCCAAGAAGUCCGCUCAGGACCUAGCUAAGCGAGGUGUCGAUGUUGUUUCGGCCAAUCUAGACUCCGUGGAGUCCCUUACUUCUGCACUUAAGGGCUCGCACACUGUCUUCCUGGUUACCAAUUAUUGGGAAACAAUGAACGCCGACGUUGAAUACUCCCAGGGCAAGAAUGUGACCGACGUUUGCAAGGCUGUGGGUGUUUCUCACCUCAUGUUCUCUUCGCUUCACCACGUGAAGGAAGAGAGCAAGGGGCGUCUCACCCAUGUUCCCCACUUCGACAGCAAGGCCAACGUCGAGAAGUAUAUCCGUGCUUCAGGACUUGGCUGCAGCUUCAUGCUUCCUGGAUAUUACAUGAGCAACUUUACUCAGAUGCUUAUCCGUGCUGAGGAUGGGUCAUACCAGCUCUUCUACCCUGUUAGCAACGAAGCUCAGUUCCCACUCUUUGAUGCCGCCCAGAAUACCGGUCUCUUUGUGAAGGCCGCACUGAAGCACAAAGAUCAAUUGAAGAACAAGCAGAUCUUGGCCGCUACCAAGUACUAUACCCCUCAGGAAAUUGUCGACACUUUUUCUCAGGUCACUGGUAAGAAGGCUGUGUUCAUUCAAGUUGACGCGGACCAGUACAAAGCCUCUCUGCCUGCCGCUAUUGCCUUGGAAUACCUCGAGAAUCAACUCUUUGUGCAGGACCCAGGCUACUAUCUAGGAGAGCCUCUCGCGCCUAGCCUGAAGCUUCUUGAUGCCCAGCCCACUACUUGGGCGGAGUUCGUCAAGAAGAAUGCUUCCGCCUGGAAAUAA